CCGACCGCUACCAGGAGUAGCUGCACGCGCGCACGAGGUGCCCCAGCGCCCCGGAGGAGGUCCGAGAAACACCUCUACGGCUGCCACUCGCCGUGAGACCCUUUGCCCAAUCGAUCCUCAGUCAGAUUUCAUUCAUGUGUACCGACGAUGACUCGCCUAUCCGGCGAUUCGCGUCGAUUCUGUGUUUAAUUUCAAGUUAACAGAGUUCGAGGGAGCAAAGUGACGAGAGAAUGUAGUGGUACGUUUGAUUAAAAUCGGACAAUUGAUUUUUGGAGAACAAGUGCGACGAAGACUAGACUUGAGUGUACGAACUAUUUUGUUGAUUGCAUCGUACAGAAUAUUGGUGUCACACCUGUAGUAAAUAUAGUAAACGUUAAUAGAAGUCAACGGGAUGACCAAAUGGUCUAAAUGAAAUAAAAUGUAAAAUCUACUGUUUGAAAAAAACUCUGUCUGAGACUGUAGAAGAAAAUGGGAAACGAUGAACACUAGAGAGAAGAUGAACAUUAAACGAUGUGCAUGAAGAUAACACAGGAAACGAUGAGGGUGACAUUUAGAGUCCCGCGUUGAUCGCGAGUCAUUAAAAGACAAUCCGUGUCGGCCAUUGAGUCAAGUCGUGGGUGUAUCAUUAUAGAAGAACCGAGUUCGACCUCGUCUUAUUCUUAACGAAAGAGGAAUGGUCAUUGGGAUAUCCGUGUCAAGAAUUAUGGUGUCGAUCCGGAUCUAAAGAGUGCAAGAUUCAAAUUUUGCUGGACCGUUUCGAAGAAACUGACGCAGACGAGAGGAAAGGUCAUUCCAUUUCGUUUGGAGGAAGCUUGAGGAAAUUGUCAAGAUUAUUCACGGAAAUCCACGGAUCAAUAUGCCGCACACAGGUCAGGCGGGAGUCAAUCAAUUGGGUGGUGUGUUCGUUAACGGGAGGCCGUUACCCGAUUGCGUUCGACAGAGAAUCGUGCAACUAGCGCUGGUCGGUGUCAGACCCUGCGAUAUCUCGCGGCAGCUUUUAGUCUCUCACGGAUGCGUCUCCAAGAUCCUCACCAGAUUCUACGAAACGGGGAGCAUUCGGCCAGGAAGCAUCGGAGGCAGCAAGACUAAACAAGUGGCCACCCCCACAGUGGUGAAGAAGAUCCUACGGAUGAAGCAGGAACAGCCAACGAUGUUCGCCUGGGAGAUACGAGAGCAGCUCGCGAGACAAGGCGCUUGUGAUCCUCAAAGCUUGCCCUCUGUGUCAUCGGUGAAUCGGAUUCUCCGUGGCGGAGGGCUACACACGGAUCACACGGGCAUCGAGGGUGGCUCCAGCACUUACGCCUCACAAGUUUCAUCGAACGUCCCUAAUCGAGACGCGUUGAUGAGAACGGAUUACCAAUUAUUCUAUCCGGGAACUCUGGGACCAUUGCACAUCUCCACUACUUCCGGUAAUACUAGCAGCGCAUCUUCUUGGAAUCCGAGCUUCUACUCGUCCCUUUAUCAAGCGACUACUCUGCACCUGCAUCACGGAAUGCAGUCGUUCACAUCGCUGGACGUUGAACGUCUAUCGGAACAAAGUCAAACGAACCAAAUGGAACUGAAGUCAAGUUCCAGUUCUAUGGCAGGCAGUGACGAUUCUUUGGACAAGAGCGAUCUGGACGAGAACACGGAAUCCCAGGAUCGCUACAAACCAUUCCAGAACUCGCCGAUAAUUGUGGAACUGGGCCAGAAGAUCGGCAGCGACCGCAGUGCAUUCGUGAGACACAACACGUCGGGUUCCUCGAGCCUGGAGAACCAGAGGCAGAGUCCACCGCCCGCGGCUGUCGAAAAACAGAAGGCGUCGCCCAGGAUCGUGGAGAACGAGAGCAGCAUGGCCAAAGAAGUUGAGAGUAGACCGGCGCAGCCGCAGCGAAAGAGGAACCCAUACUCGAUAGAGGAACUCCUGAAGAAGGACGAGGGCAAGAAUUCGUCCAAGAGGCCGAAACUGACCGAUCUCGGGGUGGUUCAACCUUGCGGAAUCGUUCUCAACAAGGAGAUCUGAGAAUCUGGGAUGAAAUAAGAAAAAUCGAAGAUCCAGAGGCUAAUAAUUGUAUGACGAUCGUCGGAAUUUCGGAGAAUUUUCAAUUUCUGAUCGGUUCUUUCAAACUCGUCUAUCUAUGUAAAUAUUACGGAGAAUUGAUAUACCUUUGAUCCUUAGAAUUUUAGUAUGAAAUUAUUAAAUGUUUCAACGAUACCUAGUAGAUACUGUCUACACUCUACAGAAAGCGAACGUGAAUUAUAAAUGAUUAAUUAUAAAUCCUGUACAAUACAAACUUAAACUUCAUCAAUUAAUUUUUUAAUACAUCACUAAAAGGGUUGAAGCAUAUUUAAUAAAUAAAAUAAAAUAAAAACGAGGUAUAAUAAUCGUAAUAGGAGCGUCUGAAAAUCUCGAAAAUUAAAGCGAUCGUCGUUUGAUGUAUGUAAGUACGUACCGGCACGGAUGAGCUGCGUAAAUUGUAGGUAUGUAAUACUAAUAUGAAAUCGAUCGAUAUACUGUUGACUGCAAUAUCGUAGGGUACAUCGUACACGUUUAAGUCUGCACAGGCGAGAUUGUACAAGUAGACCUGUUCAUGAUCAGUGCCCGGAUUAAAUGUAAACUAUAUCGAAGUAAUAUUCGAGAUCAAGAGGGACGUGAUUUUCUUGCGAAGAAGGCGAGUCCCAAAACACGGGUGACAGAAAAAUAUUUUGAUCGACAGGUCUAUUCGUAUACCCAACGCAAAAUCUGUGAAGUUUGUUAAUUUAUGAUAAUUAAAUUAUUCUUACCAUGCAUUCCUUUUGAACGAGCGACACGAUCAAGUAUUUAGUUUAUAUACGUAUUUAAAUAUUUCGCAAAUUUUUUUAUGAAGUUUUGUGAUCUCCGAACGAACCAUUUCUUUCCUCUAUGCUGUAAUAUAUUAGAAACCCUGUUUUUUUUCUUGCGAGCGGACGAUGCCAUAUUUUAUUAUUGUACCAUAUACCUAUUUAAUUAUAAUUUUACUCAAAGGAACCUUGUCG